AUGGCAACUGCUAAAACUGCAAUUGGUAUAGAUUUAGGUACGACCUAUAGUUGUGCAGCCUUUUUUAGAAACAACAAAGUUGAAAUUAUUGUCAAUGACCAAGGUAACAGAAUUACUCCUUCUUAUGUCGCUUUCAAUGAUACAGAAAGAUUAGUCGGAGAUGCUGCUUAUAAUCAAGCCCCUUCAAAUCCCAAAAAUACUAUUUAUGGAGCAAAGAGAUUAAUCGGUAGAACUUUUCUGGAUAAAGAAGUUCAGCAAGAUAUUCCUCAUUUACCUUAUAAAUUAGUUGAUAAAGAAGGUAAACCAUUAAUUGAAGUGGAUGCAAAAGGUGACACAUUACAAUUGAGUGCCGAAGAAGUCGCUUCUAUGAUUUUAAUCAAAUUGAAAGAAAGAGCUGAAGAAGUCUUAGAGCGUGAAGUCACUGAUGCAGUUAUUACAGUUCCUGCUUAUUUUAAUGAUUCUCAAAGGCAAGCCACCAAAGAUGCCGGUAUCAUUGCUGGACUUAAUGUUCUAAGAAUUAUCAAUGAACCAACUGCAGCUGCAAUCGCUUAUGGUUUAAAUAAAUUAGAUGAUGAAAAUGACAAUAAUUUUAUGAAAAGAUCUACCAGUACCGCUAUUGCUGUGAAAUCUGAUAAAUCUAGUCCUACUGCAAAGAACAUCUUAGUGUAUGAUCUUGGUGGUGGUACUUUUGAUGUUUCCUUAUUGAGAAUUGAUCGUGGGGUUUUCGAAGUCAAAGCAACAAAUGGAGAUACACAUUUAGGAGGGGAAGAUUUUGAUAACAGAUUAAUCAAGCAUUUCUCAGAAGAAUUUAAGAGAAAACACAAGAAGGAUGUAUCAACCAAUGAAAAUGCUUUAAGUAAAUUGAAAAGAGCUUGUGAAACCGCUAAACGUACUUUAUCGACAGCAUCUCAAGCAAAGAUCCAAAUUGAUUCACUUGUUGAUGGUAUUAAUUUUGAAAGUUCUAUCACCAAAGCAAGAUUUGAAGAAUUAUGUUCCGACUUAUUUAAAUCUACUUUAGAACCGCUCGAGCAAGUUUUAGAGGAUUCAAAGAUUGAAAAAUUUGGUGUUGAUGAAAUCAUCUUAGUUGGUGGUUCGACCAGAAUCCCAAGAGUUCAAAAAUUAGUCACUGAAUACUUCGGUGGUAAAAUACCAAACAAAUCUAUAAAUCCGGAUGAAGCAGUCGCUUAUGGAGCUGCUGUUCAAGCUUCUAUCUUAGUCGAAGAUGAAACUUCCGAUGUUACUGCUGAUAUUGUCUUAGUCGAUGUUAAUCCUUUAUCAUUGGGAGUUAAGGUUACUGGUGAUACUAUGUAUGUUCUUAUUCACAGAAACAGCACCGUUCCAACCAAGAAGACACAAAACUAUACUACUUCAGAUGAUAAUCAAGAACAAGUUUCUAUCGAAGUCUAUGAAGGUGAAAGAAUCCAUGUUAGCGAAAAUAAUCUUUUAGGUAACUUCACGUUAACUGCCGAUGUUGCUGCUGGUGUACGUGGUGAUAUUACUAUUCAAAAUGAAUCUAAUAGAUUGACUCAAGAACAAAUUCAAAAAAUGAUUGAAGAUGCCGAAAAGUUCAAAGAAGAGGAUGAAAGUGAGGCUGCAAGAGUUAAGGCUCAAAAUGAAUUAGAACAAGUAGCAUAUGGCUAUCUCGAUACUAGAAAUGCUAGAGAAAUAUCGGAAGGUAGUAAGGCUAUUUUGAAAAAUGCUUGUGAUGAGACAAUUGAAUGGUUGGAAAAUGCUAAGGCAGCUGAUACUGAAGAAUACAUAGAAAGAAUUAAAUACUUGGAAGACUUAUCUGCUAAAUUAGACAACGAAGGUUUCGGCACAAAUGGAGAUGGCCCACACGUUGAAGAUGAAGAAGAAGAGGAGGAUGGUCCUGUCAUAUUGGAUGAGUAAAUCAGAUGUUUUAUCUCUAUUAUCUUAGUUUUAGUUUGGUUUUAAGUUUUUAAACGUAUUUUGUAUAACUUUAAAUAAGAUU